AUGAGCUCACGGCCCGAGGCCAAGGCUAAUGGCAGGACCCGCAAGAAGCAGCGGUUUUAUCCGCUGGCCCCAGAGCCAAAGGCCAAACGAGCUCGACCCGAGAAUCCAUCGUUGGGCCUGGAGGCACUUCUGGCUGGGCCGUCUUGCUGGACCUCCGAUGCCGCAGAGGCUUUGGUGGCCUUCGGCCAGAUGGCCAGCUUGGCCAUCGAAGAGGUCCCCAAUCUGCAGGAGAUGUGGACCGCCUUGGAGGCUGUGGGCAGCAGCCUCUCCUCUGAUGCCGGCGGAGCAGCGCUGAGGCGUCUGCCGGAUCUGCUGGGUGCUGCCGCUGUGGACGGCGCCAGCGAGGGCUUGCGGUCGCACUUGGAGAAAGGGGGAGCCAUCGAGGCCUUGCCACUUCCCACCCGGGCACAGGGCAACGGCGGCAACGGCGGCAACGGCUCGACAUCCUCCGAGGCCUUCCGAUGGCUCCACGAACGCGUUGAAGCCGAGCUGGACGCCGCCAUCCAAGGAAAGCGAGACAUUCCGUCUCUCCAGUGGUUGGCAACCGUAGCGAUGUUCUACGGCCGGCUGCGGCCAGGGCCGCCUUUGCCGCGCAAUGUCUUGGAGGACUCCGCAGACCUGGCCUUGAGAGCCGUCGAGAAGUCCCCCUUGGAGGGCACGUCUAUGGCCAGAGCCGCAAAAUCAAGGCCUCUGGAUGCUGGCCAAUUGCUCUUACGGAAGAUCCAGAGUGGCCAAGCCAGCACGGAGCUGCUGGCAGGAGUCGCAGGUGCACUCCAUGGCCCGACGCCAAUUCUCACCGGAGACAAGGAGCGCACGGUUCUUUUACGAGGUCUGGCGAACGUGGUGCAAUGGCAGCUGGCGGUUUCUUUGCUUCGCUCUGCUCAGACCCAAAGACUGGACAGCGCCAAUGUGGUGCACUGCAACACGGUGCUGAGCUCAUGCCAGAAGGCUUUGUGGCCGGUUGGUCACCACUUGCUUCACACCGCCGCGGAAAAGAAGCUGCGGCCUGACACCAUCAGCUUCAACACGCUCAUGGCAUCCGAGAGCUGGCUCUGGGCGCUGCGCGGGCUCCUGCAGUUGGCAAACGAAGGCGUUGCGAUGGACCUUAUCAGCUGCAACACUUCCUUGAGCAGCUGUGAAAGAUGUAGCAGGUGGAAAGAAGCGGUGCACAUCUUUGAAGAAAACGACUCUUUCUCCGGGGGCAGUCUAACCUUCGACAUCAUCACCUUCAGCACCCUCAUCAGCUCCUGGGACAAAUCUGGUCACUGGCAGCAAGCACUGCACCUUUUGGAAGAUCUUCCUUCGAGAAGCUUGCAGCUGGAUCUCACAGCAUUGAACGCCGCUCUUGGAUCCAGCGCUUGGAUGGUUGCGGUGAAUCUCCUUCAGAGCUCAGGUCAGGCAGCCCUGCAGACCGAUGAAAUCUCAUGCAACUCAGUGACGAGCUGUUGCGAGAAGUCUUCUCGCUGGAUUCCAGCUCUACAGCUACUGCGUGUAGCAGGCGGGUCACUGCUGCGUUUAGCCGAGAAUGGCUAUCAUGCCGCGAUCAGCGCCUGUGAGAAGGCGCGCCGAUGGGAAGUUUCUCUGGACAUCGCAGAGAUUUUGGCGACGUCCGGCCUGGAUCGCAGUAUCUUCGCGUCCGCUGCCACCAUCAGUGCUUGCGAGAAGGGCAAGCAGUGGCGAAAAGCCUUUGAAGUUUUCGCACUGGCCGCCGAGCGAUUGCUUGAGCUCAACGCCGUUGCAUGGAGUGCGUUGGUGAGCUCCAGCGAGAAGAUUGGACACUGGAUGCUUGCAGUGUCCAUGCUAUCCGAGAUGUUCUCAACGCAGCUGCCACCGAGCUGCGUAACCUGCAAUGCUGCCAUCAGUGCCUGCGAGGGUGCCAUGCAGUGGCAGCUCGCUGUGUGGGGCCUGCGUGCCAUUCACAUUUUGCGCCUUUCGCCGGACGUCAUUUCCUGGAAUGCUGCUGCGAGUGCCUGCGAGAAACGAUCUGCAUGGUCACAGGUCUUGAAGAUCCUGACGGAUUUGUCCGGCCGUGGUCAGACGUCGGACGGCAUCACCCGCAGUGCCGCGACCUUUGCCUGCGACCGCGCGAGCCGGUGGCAGCACGUGCUGGACCUCGCCGCCGAGAUGGCCCGGAGCCAGCUGGAGCUGGAUGUAAUUCUCCACCAGGCGAGGCUUCGGGCAUGUCUCCGAACAUCUUCAAGCCCUCGGCCAGCGAAGGAUCUGUUUGAUGAAAUUGCUGCCACGGGGAUCUCCUCGCUGCGGGACGUGAUGGCUGAGCAGCUGACGAAGCUGAGCCGAGUAGCACUGGGGGCAGCUCUGAGUGGCACGCUCGGCUGCCACCCCAUCUAUGGCCGGGUUGCAUCGGCAGCAGCAGCUGCCCUGGAUGGUGGCAAGGCUGGUACUCGCCUGUCCUCCAGCACCAUCCAUGAUGUUUCACUGACAUUGGCGCUGCUGCAGCCUUGGAGCGUGGAGACGGAGGAGCAUGUGGCGCGAUUUCGCAGUUCUGUUGCAAAGAACGUGCUGCCCAAAUCCGAGUCUGCCCCUGCGGAAUCAGAGGUGGUCUUUCUCGGUGGCUCCUCCGUGGCCGGGUUGCGAAAUGGUGAGCCCAAAGAGAACCAGGACACCUUCCACGCGCAUGUGGAUGGAAGUGUGGCUACCAUAGCUGUGGUGGAUGGUCACGGGAAGCGCGGCCAGAUCUUAUCUGCUGCUGCGCGAGACGGAAUCGCCAAAGCGCUUGCUGAGCUCAAGGGCGGCGCGGGCAUGUCAGAAGAACUGGCCGAGGUCAUCAUGACCGUGGAUGCGGAUCUUUUGAUCCACGAGAAGGCUGAGGUGGAAGCAGAGCUCUCCGGCGCGACCUGUGCCGUGCUGAGGGUCGAGGGCUUGGGCCACGCCGAGCGCAGGCUGGCCUUGGCUCACCUGGGGGACUGCCGCGCAGUCUUGGGUCGUGUGCGACCCACCAACGGCACCGGGUCGCCCACCUGGACCACGGUUCGGCUCACAGAGGACCACCGGCCAGGGGAGGCUGCAGAGGCCGCCCGGCUCGUGGCGGCUGGCGGUCGCGUGCAGAAGAUGCCGGGGCCAGCGGGCGUGGAUCCCGCCAUGCUAGGGCCUCCCAGGGUCCACACGUUUCUGCUGAGUAUUGCCAGCGAGCUUCAGAUUGCAAACGGUCGGAUCAAGAUUAUCCCGCCAGCCGAGUGGACACACACCAUGACACAGUUCGGCAGGACUUCGUCUAGCGACGGUUUCCACCUAGAUGCCAUUGUUGCCAGUUACACUGACCCAAAGUUUCCGAAGAGAAGCCAGCACUCUUGA